CAGGAACUGACCUAAUUUUCUUACAAUAACACAGUUUGCCAACUUCCUCAACAUUCCCCAACAAGUCCUGACUCAUAUUCGCAACGAUGUAUAUCAGGCAGACCAAACCCAUCAGAGAACGGUACGCUUCAAAUGUGAGUCCAUAGGAGGCCGUGCAGGCUUUCGCUUUAUCGUGUCACUGCUUCGACAGCCAGCGAGGCUCCCAAGAGCUUCUCAGAGCUAUUUGUGUUUGAAACCCACAGCUACAGCUUCCGUAGGGUUUUCCUGCGGCGAAAAGGGGAUCUGCAGCCAAGUCCGCCUGCGCAUUCGGUUACUUCUGCUUCUUUCUUAUUCAUCUGCAUGUUUUUUUUUUUUGCUGUCAAUCUGCCCAUAUUUGCAUAGAGGAAAGAGGAGGUCUGUGGGCAGGAGUCCUCUGUGCAGAACAGUGCAGGCAGGGCGAGAAGCCAGAGCACGUCAGGAGAGCAGAACGCAGCCGCCAAAUGCUCCAGCUGUUGUGGGUUUGAUGAUUUAAUUACAGAAGCACCGAAGGGGCAGGGAACAGCAAACUCAGAAAUUCUCACAAGCAAGAUGCAAAGGGGGAGCGUUUGAAAAACGUUGCGCCUUCCUUCUGAAGAACCGAGGACAACGAGAGCGGGAGCUGGUCCCAGGCCGCCGACCGUUCAGGGCGCCCAUCAUGAGUACCAACACGCACAGCUAUUCCACAGCAAACGGCACAGACACCUGCGUCGAUGACUCCGUGCUCGGGCUGCCUCUGGCCAUCUUCUACUCCAUCUUCUUUGUCUUCGGCCUGUUGGGGAACGGCCUAGCCCUCUGGGUGUUCAUCUUUGUCCAUGGCAAGAAGAACUCGGUGCGCGUGUUCCUCAUCAACAUUGCUGUGGCUGACCUCCUACUGGUGGCUUGCCUGCCUUUCCGUGUGAUUUACCACAGCAUCGGAAACCGCUGGACCCUGGGCCCCAUACUGUGCAAGAUGGUGGGGAAUAUUUUCUACAUGAACAUGUACAUCAGCAUCACCCUACUGGGCUUCAUCAGCGUGGACCGAUACAUCAAGAUCCAUCGGGGCAGCGGCCGGCGCCUCCUCCGCAGCCACUGGAGCACCUUGCUCUGCGGCAUCAUCUGGACCGUGUCCAUCACUGCCAUCAUCCCCAUGAUCACGCUCUCCGAGGGCAACGAGGAGGAAGAAAAAUGCUUCCAAUACAAGCAGAAGAAGAAUGCCAAAGGCAAGGCCUACUUCAAUCUUGUAAUGGUGGCAAUCUUCUGGUUGAUAUUCCUUUUGCUCAUCAUCUCCUACGGAAAGAUUGCCAUGAAAUUGCUGGAAGCUUCCAAAAACAAUCUUCCCAAUGCCAUUAAGUACAACAGGACGGCCAAGAAAUCAUUCUUUGUGCUCUUCCUGUUCACCAUCUGCUUCUGCCCCUAUCACGUGUUCCGGAUCUUCUACAUCCAUUCGCAGAUUACUGAGCCUUCCUGUCAAGUGAAGAACAUCGUGGACAAGACUAACGAGGUAAUGCUGCUCCUCUCCACCUUCAACAGCUGCCUGGACCCCGUCAUGUACUUCCUGCUCUCUGGCUCGGUCCGCAAGGCCACCAUGCGGAUACUCAGCAACUUCUUCCAGGUGCAGGAAAUUAGUGGGAACAGCUCGUCCACGGAGCUGCGGAGGGCCUCGGUGCCGCAGGUGUCCAGCACCCCACGGAACAGCAUCAGCCUUCUCAUCACGCAACGCUGCAAGGCCUCCCCAACUUCUUUCCGGCGCUGACUUCCCUCGAUCGUCCUGUAGGGGGCACUGCCUGAACAUUGUGCGAGCAGGAGGCCCCGCGGCAGGACACCCGGGACCUAAGCGGGGUAGAAAGAGGGCGGCGCUCUGCCGGAAGUCUCCCGCAGCCCCUUGUGCUGGGUGUCAGGGAAGGGGGCCUAGCUGUGGGAGUAUCUGGGCAUGGACCCCCUGGAAGUCGUACUAGGUCCCCUUAAGGUGCGGAAGAAGGGUCGGCGCCAGCGGGGAUCCGACAUGCCAGCACCGGCCAGCAGCUAGCUACGCCAGGGCGCGGGGAGCGACCUGCCCCGUCAUCAGACCCAGCGAACCCCGGGGACUCGCAUCAGAACUGAGGUGGUGACUGGGGGUGGUGGUCGCCGGGACAGUCGACCUCUGAGGAGGGGACAGUGUAGAACCGCCGGGGCGCAUGUCCCAGCAUGUCCCAGCAUGUCCCAGCAUGUCCCAGCAUGCAAGUUGUAAAUAGCCCUUGUUGUGUUGUUGUUAAUGUUCAUGGUUACAUUUCCUUAUUGUUGCGCAUGUAUUUACUCAUGUCUUGUGUGCACCCGGUCCGAUCCUUGCGUGUAUUUCUCCUGUGUAAUUCUCCCACUGUGUGUGCAUCUUGCAGUUCAGUGUCUGACGACCUUGUGUUUCCCAUCAGUGUGGCUGGUUCGGUGCUCGUUGGGUGCCUGUUGUAGUGUUUUCAGCAAAUAAACAGCGUGUUCUCCCCGGUAA